AGGACAUGGCGACCGCCGCCGCCGCCGCCUCCUCCUCCUCCAGCAGCGAGAGUAAUGAAGCCAACUCCAAAUGGCUGGAUGCCCAUUACGACCCCAUGGCCAAUCUCUACACCUUCUCCUCCUGCAUCGCACUGGCUGACCUGCAUGGCGAUGGAGAGUACAAGUUGGUGGUGGGUGACCUGGGCAUGGCUGGGCACACCAUGAGGCUGAAGGUGUACCGGGGCACAGGGCUGGCCAGCGAGAGCAUCUUGUUGGACCUGCCGUCUGCCGUCGCUACCUUCCUGAUGGACCAGAAUGAGCCACGCACGCCUGCCGUGGCUGUGGCCUCCGGCCCAUUUGUCUAUGUCUACAAGAACCUGCGGCCCUACUUCAAAUUUACCCUGCCCCCCCUGGAUGCCAACCCCCUGGAGCAGGACGUCUGGGAGCAGGCCAAAGAGGACAUGAUCGACCCCCUGACUCUGAAGGAAAUGCUGGAGGGGAUCCGGGACAAGGCGGAGAUCCCCCUGUCGGUACGAUCACUGAGGUUCCUGGCCCAAGAUGUACCAGAGAUGGAGAAUUUUGUGAACCUACAUAAGGGGCAACCGAUCAAGCGCCAGACUGUCAUCACCUGCAUGAGCACGCUGAAGAAGAACAUGGCGGAUGAGGACGCGGUCAGCUGCCUGGUGAUCGGGAUGGAGAGCGCCGAUGUCCUCAUCCUGGACCCUGAGGCCUUCACUAUCCUGGCCAAGAUGACGUUGCCGAGCGUGCCAGCCUUCCUGGACGUGAUGGGGCAGUUCGAUGUGGAGUACCGGGUCACGGUGGCCUGCCGGGACGGGAGCAUCUACAUCCUGCGCAGGGAGUCCAAGCGGCCCAAGUACUGCAUCGAGCUGAGUGCCCAGCCCGUGGGGCUGGUGCGGGUACACAAGAAUAUCGUGGCCGGCUGCUCUGACGAAACCCUGCAGGGCUAUACACAGAAGGGGAAGAAGCUGUGGACAGUCUAUCUGCCAGCCCCACUAAUGACCAUGAGCCUCCUAGACCAGAAAUCACGCGGCUUCCAAGCCGUGAUGGUAGGUCUGGCCAACCAGGAGGUGCACAUGUACCGGGACAAAAACCUUGUGGAUGUCAUCCGCACCCAGGACGUGGUCACCAGCAUUUGCUUUGGCCGCUAUGGGCGUGAGGACAACACCCUGAUCAUGACGACUAAAGGCGGGGGGUUGAUCAUCAAGAUCCUGAAGCUCACGGCCGUGUUUGAGGAGAAGGACACGUAGCUGGGCCCUCCCGUGGCCCAGAGCAUCCGACUCAGCGUGCCCAAGAAGACCAGGCUGUACGUGGACCAGACUCUGUGGGAGCGCGAGAAUGCCGUCCAGGGCAUCGGCCCCACCUUCAAACUGACCCUCCACAUUCAGAACACGUCAGCUGGGCGCCCCUCCAUCAACCUGCUGGUGAGCUUCCUCUACGACCAGAGCCUCUAUGCCAUGAAGAGAGCCUUCUUCAAGGCCCCCAUGCUGGUCCCGGGACUGAACUACCCCAUUGAAACCUUUGUGGAGUGUCUGAGCGACAAGGGGAUCUCGGACAUCAUCAAAGUGUUUGUAUUGCGGGAGGGCCAGAGCAUGCCCUUGCUGACUGCUCAUAUCAACAUGCCAGUGAGUGAGGGUCUGGCUGCUGCCUGAACCGCCUCUGGGGGGCGAUAGAGACCAGAGCUGCAGUAGAUCCCAUAGGAGCCCUCA